AUGGAUAAGACUCCUCAUUAUUAUAGGGUGAAAGACAUUCCAGAAUCCUUAAAUCCUAUUACAGGUCGUAGUAUUUAUUAUGGAAUUCGUCCUUGGCGUUGCGACGAUCGUUUCCAGGACUGGCUAAAGUCUUUUCUUUCUCUUGAUGGAAUUGGUGUUCAAUUUCAGCUUCUUAGGACACUGUAUAGGUGUUCCUUUUCUGAAAAAUCUGACGAGCCUUUGGAUAAUUACCAUCGGCUGGGACGAUCAGAGGUUAUGUUUUAUGUGGAACGUCAUCGUAGUGGUAUGAUGCGGGAAGGUUUUUGGGAGACUUAUCCUUAUGAUCAAAACGAACUUGCUAGGAUUGCAGAGGAGGAUAGUAUGAAGAUGCGCGUCUGGCGGCAUCAGCGCGAGCUCGAAAUGCAGUCUAGGGAAGGUAAACUUGAUGAGCUACUUCAAAAAAGCAUUUUCAAGCAACAGAAAUAA